GCUAAUAAUUCACACUUUUCAUGCUUGCAAGCAUGAAUGUCACACUGUCACUUGUUGGCCUACUGGCCGUGGCUUUAGCGGAAGAAAUACAGCUAAGUCCAGAGCAAGCAGAAGAAGCUAGAUUGGCUCUUCAAAAUCCUGACUUGUACGAUGGAGACAUGGCUGGUAUUGAGUUUGACGCUGUACGAAAUGCUAGAGUCGGAGACCAUUACAGGUGGCCAAAUGCACGUGUGCCUUACGUCAUUGACGCUUCUUUGAGUAGGGUUUUUUUUUUCAAACUUUUUGUUUUUAUAAAAAGUAAAGCACAUGACGUAAUUAAGAAAGGCAUGGAUGAUUACCACAAGAACACGUGUGUCCGAUUCGUUCCCAAAACCGAUGAUGAUGCACAUUACCUCAAGAUAUUUGCUGGACAAGGGUGCUAUUCCUAUGUGGGAAAAAUCAGGGGCCAACAGCCAGUAUCUUUAGGUCGUGGAUGCCUGUUUCCAGGAACAGUCGUUCACGAGUUGGGACAUGCCCUCGGAUUCUUCCACGAGCAAAGUAGAUCAGACAGAGAUGAGCAUCUGAUCAUCUACCUUGAAAAUGUUCAGAAAAGCAUGCAAUUCAACUUCAACAAGCUUCCUCCACGAGAUAACAUUUUAUACAAUACUUUCGAUUACAACUCCAUCAUGAUUUAUGGAAACAAAUCUUUCUCCAUGAACGGAAAAGACACCAUGGUAGCCAGAAACGGACAGAAAUUGUCUGACCCUUACAACAAGCCAGGAAUGACCAAAAGCGAUAUCGAAAGAGUGAAUAAAAUGUACAAUUGUGCAUAGUAUAUUACAAAAAUAAAUAAAAUCCAGCACUUCUUUAUUUCA